AGCCGCGGGCUGUGCGCCGAGCCGCGACGGGCGGGAGCCGGGCGGGGGCGCGAGGCGAGCGCAGCUGCAGCCUAGGCGGCGGAGCGCGCGGAGCGGGCGGAGCGAGCGCCCAGGACCAAGCGCGGGCGGAGCGGGGCUGGAGCAGGCGCGCAGCGGCGGCCGCCCCGGGGGAUGCGGCUGCCUCCCUGGGCUGGCGUGUAGGGAGGGCGGGUCCCCGGCCUCGGCGGCGCGGCGGUGGAGGGGACCGAGACUGCGGCCAUGGCGACCCCCGGCAACCUGGGGUCCUCUGUCCUGGCGAGCAAGACUAAGACGAAGAAGAAGCACUUCGUGGCUCAGAAAGUGAAGCUGUUCCGGGCCAGCGACCCGCUGCUCAGCGUGCUCAUGUGGGGGGUCAACCACUCGAUCAAUGAACUGAGCCAUGUUCAAAUCCCUGUCAUGUUGAUGCCUGAUGACUUCAAAGCCUACUCAAAGAUAAAGGUGGACAACCACCUUUUUAACAAGGAAAAUAUGCCGAGCCAUUUCAAGUUUAAGGAAUACUGCCCGAUGGUCUUCCGGAAUCUUCGAGAGAGGUUUGGAAUCGACGACCAAGAUUUCCAGAAUUCCUUGACCAGAAGUGCACCCCUUCCCAAUGACUCCCAGGCUCGCAGCGGGGCUCGGUUUCACACGUCCUAUGAUAAAAGAUACGUCAUCAAGACCAUUACCAGCGAGGACGUGGCAGAGAUGCACAACAUCCUCAAGAAGUACCACCAGUAUAUAGUGGAAUGUCAUGGGGUCACCCUUCUGCCUCAGUUCUUGGGAAUGUACCGGCUUAAUGUGGACGGAGUGGAAAUAUACGUGAUUGUUACAAGGAACGUGUUCAGCCACCGUCUGUCUGUGUAUAGGAAAUACGACUUAAAGGGCUCGACAGUGGCUAGAGAAGCUAGUGACAAAGAAAAGGCCAAAGAGCUGCCAACUUUAAAGGAUAAUGACUUCAUCAAUGAGGGCCAAAAGAUCUAUAUUGAUGACAACAGCAAAAAGAUAUUCCUGGAAAAACUGAAAAAGGAUGUCGAGUUCCUUGCACAGUUGAAGCUCAUGGACUACAGUCUCCUGGUGGGGAUUCACGACGUGGAGCGAGCAGAGCAGGAGGAGGUGGAGUGUGAGGAGAACGACGGGGAAGAGGAGGGAGAGAGUGACGGCACCCACCCGAUCGGGACGCCACCGGACAGUCCCGGAAAUACACUCAACAGCUCCCCACCCUUGGCUCCUGGAGAGUUUGACCCGAACAUUGAUGUUUAUGCAAUUAAAUGCCAUGAAAAUGCACCUAGAAAAGAGGUGUACUUCAUGGCGAUUAUUGACAUUCUUACUCAUUACGAUGCAAAAAAGAAAGCUGCCCACGCUGCGAAAACUGUUAAACAUGGCGUAAGUACAGGCUCCUGCACCAUGCACCUUGCUCCCACACCCCUGCACCUCACCCCUGGCACCCUGUGCCUCACCCCCUGCACCCUGGGCCUUGCCCCUGCACCCUGGCCUCGCUCCCAUAACCCAUGCCUCACCCCUGCACCCUGGGCCUUGCCCCUGCACCCCGGCCUCGCUCCCAUAACCCAUGCCUCACCCCUGCACCCUGGGCCUUGCCCCUGCACCCUGGCCUCGCUCCCAUAACCCAUGCCUCACCCCUGCACCCUGGGUGGGUCUCAACCCACAGCUCCCUGGCACUGUCUGUAGUGUGUGGAUGCUUCUUCAUCUUUCUGGCUCACUAUCCCCAGUUCUCUGGUGAUUGUUCCUGAGAGUGAGGUGUUAACACCACCCCGCAGUACCAGAGUAUAUCUGUAGGUUCUUCCAUGUUUGAAAAACACCCCAAAGAUGAACGUACUGAUGAUAGUUCUGGUUUUAUAUGAAAUGUCCCAACCUGAAGCCAGGUGCUCCAAAAUGUGCAAGGUUGUAUUUCUUUUCUCACAAUAUUUUUUUCCUAUUAUAGAGAUUUUGAGUAUAAGAUGAGCUGUUCAUACACCCUCCUCACCUUGCUUGCUUGCUCCAAAUCUUCACUGAUCCAAGGAUAUCGUCGAAUCCCCAUGAAAAGCCUGUGAGGGAGAUUCCAUUGUGGUACCCCUCCACCCUUUCUAGAAAAGUACUCCAGUGUGCUUUUACACAGAAAAUUUUUUUCUUCAUAGGGCUGCAUAAAGCCAUGUGUGUGAGCAUGUAGCAGAACGUGAAAAUAUUCCCCUGCUUACUCCUCCCCCCUUCCCCGUGUGAUUUUUCUCCAUGAGGCUGACUUCCAGAAGAUUGACAUAGGAAUACAUACCUCUAAUCCUAGCACUUUGAUGGCUGAGGCAGGAGGAUUGAGGGUUUAAGGGCUACACAGGGAGACACUGUUUUAUUCCAAGAAAAGUAAGGGUGCAUUGGAGGGUUUUGAGUAGAAAGAUAAUGUCUCAAAUGUGACGAGUUGAGACCAGGUGUGUGUAUGUGUUGUUUUAAGAUUUCUUUCUUUCUGGUUAGUAUGUGUGGGUGUUUUGCUUGCCUGUACAUCUGUGUAUACCACAUGUAUGCAUGGUACCCAUGGACACCAGAAGAGAGUGUUAUAACUACGUAACUAUAACUACAGUCAUAGACAGUUGUAAGCUGCCGUAUGGGUGCUGGGACUAAAAGCUGAGCCCUGGAAGAGCAGCCGGUGCUCCUAACUGUUGCGCCAGAAGACUGUGUUAGUGGUCUGUGGUGCGCCGCAAAACUGGGCCCCAUUUUCACUCACAGAUCCCUAGAAGUUUAGACCUAUUUGGCCAAAUUGCGGAGAUACUUGUGAGUAGUGGUUUAAGAAGAGAGGCCGCUUAGCUGUGUUCUUAGCUGUAGGGUUGGGGUGUGGCUUUAGUGGCGUGGUGCUUGCCAAGCAUGUUCAAGGCCUUGGAUUCAGUCCCCCACUACUGGCUCCCCAAGAAAAAUGACUAGCUCCAUGUUCAGCUGCUCUCCGAGAUCGCUGUAGACACUGACCGGUAAUUUGGGGUGAUCAUGAGCAUUCCGUGAAUAUCCUUUUCCUUCACAAUCCCCUAGGCUGGAGCGGAGAUCUCGACCGUGAACCCAGAGCAGUAUUCAAAGCGCUUUUUGGACUUUAUUGGGCACAUCUUGACGUAACCUCCUGCAUCGCCCCAGAUGGGCGUGACCUCGGGAAGGCUGGUGGUGGCUUUCGGUGUAGGAAGAAAAGGAAACCUGAACUCCAGGAAGCACUCACCUUGCAGGAAGCAAACCUUGUUUACAUCUUCAAGCCGAGAUGACUGAAGUUGGGGGCUACUCGCUUUAACAGCUACCUGAUAUUUCCCAGCAUCGCUAUUUCUGACUCUGUACGCGUGCGCACAUGCGUGUGCACGCGCGCACAUUUUAAAGUAAUUAAUUAAUUAUUAAUUAAUUAAAACAGAUCAGCUUGAAUCAGAGCUUGUAACAACCAGACCUGUCUGAUUCUAGCUGUGGCCGCAUGAACAGAUGAAGAGACAAGGCUGUGGGGGAGGGGAACAGAAAUGCACCUCACUGCAGCACCACAAGAGAAACUGUAGAUCCGUUUGUUUUCUGACUUGAAAGAUGUGAGAUUGUUCAUCACGGUGGUGGUGGUGAUGAUGAUAGUGAUGGUGAUGAUGGUGAUGGUGAUGGUGAUGAUGGUGAUGAUGGUGAUGAUGAUGAUGAUGAUGAUGAUGAUUAAAAGAAAGAUUAAAAAUUUAUAUCAAAUGUUUGGCCCACAGAAAGACUACUCCUUAGUGGUUACCUAAGCCCACAGCCCUAGGUAAAGGAAUGCUAGCAUCUCCCCGUGCACUGGUUCAGGGUUCCCUCCUAACAGUGUCACCGUCCCCACCUGUCCCAGGCUGAGUCCUUCAUCUUCCAAGAGUCUGAUGCCAAGAACCUGUCUACAAUUUCACCUCCAGGAAAGCCGCUUGCUUCUCUCUUCUCACCUGGAGCCUGUCGUGGUUAACACCCUCAUGUUGAGCUGCAGAAAUUCACUCUGCAAAACAGAUGUAGAACUUCCCUGAAAGGUGCAUAGUUUGGGGCAAUUGCAGCUACACCUCCUGCUGCAGGAAGAUAAGCAAGGAGUCAAACCCCUCCUGUGGCCGAAGGCAAAUCCCAGUUAUAUGAAGUUUAUGCUUAACCCUUGUUUAGGUAUGAAAUUUUGUUAUGAAUUAUCCCUUUAACUGAAACCCUCAGUUUUACUGUUUACAUGGUUAGAGAAACAGGGAUAUUUUUGAAUAUAAAAAUUUAAUAUACAGCAUGUGAUUUUUGAAGUUUACAUGUAAAGCCAUUUUGCAGCGUAGGGAACAUAAUGUUUGUUGUGUUUUGAGAUUUGUCUUGCAGUUGUGUUUCUGAGUGAGUGUUUUGUUCAAAGUACUUAGUAGUAGACAGUCUAUCACAUAAAAGCAAAAGGAUUUUGUUCCUCAAGAUGUGUAUUUAUCAACCUAAUGUUUUUUUUUUCUAUAAAAAGAUUAAACCCAAAAUCUGGUUAUGUAAGUUCAUUGCCCUAAACUGUGCUGAUCGUGUGUAACUGAGACUUAAAAAAAAAAACUUCCAGCAAAUAUCAUGUAUCUACCAACAUCCCUGCGUUCCUAAAAGGCCUCAAGUUACAGAGUCCUAGAUUUGCUUAGAGUACAUUACCAACUUACACGCUGUGCUGCAGCUGUGCCUUUUAAAAGCCCCUGUCUCAAAUGUGAGAUGGUUUCUGUAGGCUGUGUUAGAAAGGAAAAAAGAACUCACCCUUCAAUAAUUACAAGUCAACAAGUCCCCUGCCAGGCUGCCUUCCCAGUCACUUUCCUUUUGGCCUCUCCAGGUACAGCUGUGCCCUCCAUGUGUGGGCUGCCUUCACAGCAUCUGGAAGCCAGCAUCAGCACCAUCUGACUCCUGUGUACUGACCUGCCACAGAUUCAUUAGCUUACGAUGUUAACUCCACUGUAACAUAGUUGUACAAAUCUGUAUUUGAUGCAUUUAAAAUAAUCAAUGCUGUAUGAUUCGGUUUCCGGGCACUGUUAAUUGUAGUGUCUGAUCUGUUUUGAGUGUUCUGAAACUCUACUGUUAACCUUUGAUCCCUAGACUUACAAACCCAAGACCCUAAAGUAAAAAAAAAAAAAAAAUGAAGGUACACAUACGUGAUCUGAGUAACCUUUUCCUCUGUGGCCAAUCUGUAUGCUUUUAGAAGUUUACAAAAAUGCUUUGGUUUUUGUCUGUAACCAUCUCUGUCAUCCAAAUAAGCUGUUUGGACAAGAGCGAGACCAGUGGUAACAGUGCGGGCUCCAGUCGUUGAGCCGGGCUUUAUGAAUAAAGCACUUUGAUGACUCUCUUA